UGUCACAGCUGAUUUCACUGACAGCUCAUUUAGAAAACAUUUAAGUUUUUGCCAAUUUCUGUGUUUUACUGUAAAAGUUUGUUGAUAAAUUAGCUAGUGCUAAGGAAAAAAAAGUUGGGGUACAAGUAAUGAAAGUGGGCGUUUCACGAUGGCGUCCAAUCGUGAUAUAUUCUCGAAACAUUUGCCAAACGUGAAAUUGGCCACACGUAUCGAUGCCGAAGGACGUGAAGUUCAGGUGGAGAGACGUGAAGAUGUGGACGCUACAGCGAAGGAGCAGGAAACAUUUGAUAUGUUAGUGGCUGCUGGCUAUUAUCGGGCGCGUAUCAAAGGCUUAUCGCCCUUCGAUAAAGUUGUCGGCGGUAUGACUUGGUGCAUCGAAUGCUGUGAUUAUGAUGUUGAUGUGGAUUUAUUGUUCCACGAAAACCUAACGAUUGGCCAAAAAAUUGCACUCGUUGAAAAAAUAGUGUCUGUAUUGCCACAAAUGAAGUGCCCUUUUCAGAUAGAACCACAUCAAAUACAAGGACUCGAAUUCCUUAGCAUACAUCCGGUCAUACAAUGGCUUGUUAAAAAAUCCGUUGAAAAUCGUGCUGAGCGUGCGCAACGACUGAAAAAGUUCGCUAUCGGACAAUUCCACAAUCACUAUCAAUAUAAAACGGAUAAGGAGCAGCUGGCGAAAAUACGAAAUGCCUCAACGCAUAUUAAACGCAUUCAAGAACUCUAUAAUCCAGUGCGCGCGUAUCAACGAAAGGAUGCGGGAAACGAAGAUGAGAAGACGCGUGUACGCAUGACCUUGCUAGAGUACGGUUGUGCGACUGCGGCGUGUACGAGUAGUGAAAGCCAUGCUGGAGCUGGCGAUGAGUUUGAUGUGCAGAAAAUGCUUAAAAAUCUUUCAUUAACAAAAGAGAACAUCACUUGUUCGCCAACACAUCGACUUGAUGCCCGUGAACGCAGCGCUAUGCAUAAGCAUUACACUGAACUGCAACAGGAAAUGGAAACGGAUGCCAAACAAUUAUCAGAACAUAGUCAAAUUAAAAUGCUCGAAGCUUCGAAGCUGGCAUUAGAACGUCAAGUGCAAAGUAAUCUCAAAGAGAAUGCAGAAAUUGAGGCGGAAUUAGAAAAGCAAAAGCAACAAUUGCAACAAUAUCUGGAACAAAAACAACAACUGGAAGUGGAAAUCGAACAGUACAAAGCCAUUGAAGCGAAAGCGGAUCCAGAACUGGUUACUAAAGUGCGCGAUAUGCUGAAACAACAUGAUCAAUUGAAGAAAGAGGAAGCGGAAUUCAAAGAGUUCUGUCGACAAGAUUUGGCCAAUUUACAAAAAGAGAUUGACGAACUGGAAGCCUUCAAUGCACAAACACCCGAGGAACAAGAAGCUGCCAUCUCAAAAGAGAAAGCACAAAUACAGGAAUUGAAGCUGCAGAUAGCUAAGAAGAAUCGUAGCAUUGUGGUGAUGCAGCGACGUUUAGAUGCCAUACCCGAUCGCACAGAGCUCACGCAGUACCAGCGACGGUUUCAUGAGCUAUACAAUGAAAUGAGUGCCAAACACAUCGAGACGAAGCAAUACUACACGCUCUUCAACACGCUGAACGACAAGAAACGCUAUCUCGAGAAGGAACUCUCACUACUCAAUUCCAUAUGCGAAGCCUACAACGAGGGCAUGAGCAGUGCGCAGGGCCGUGAAGAGUUCGUAAAGCAAUUCGAAGCGAUUUUGACGGGCGUCAAGCAAACCGAACAAAAGGUGCGUCAGAAGUACAACGAGGAAUGCGGGCGACGCGAUGCGCUCAAUGCGGAGUUGCAAAGCCUACACGAAGUACAGCGUCAGUAUGCGGCCGCUGUGAAACAGCUGACCAAGGAGUGCCAACGUUGCGAGCAAUUGCAACAGCAUUUAAAGUCAAUUCGGCAAAAGUAGUUUAGUCUAUAGGGAUUUAUAGUAGUACCAUGUACAGUGCGUUAUAUGUACACAUUUUGCAAUUUAGAGAGAAAGAACGGAAGAGAGAGGAAGGUAGAGAGCGGAGUAUUUAUGUGUAAAGACAAACUAUAUCGAAUUGCUUUCGAAGAUUUUAAUGAAACGAUUUUUUUUAGCUCAAAGUAUGUACUCGCCAAGUGUUGUUUAUAUACAUACAUACAUGCAUACAUUGAUAAGCAUCACAUAAGUAUAUUAGCAAAAUUGUUUGUUUGCCAAUUCCAAUACAAAAACGUACGUAUUAUUAUGAAACAAAAAACUUUAGCAUGAAAUGAAAAUUUAAUUCCAUUUUGCUACAUACUCAUAUAUCAAAACUGCUAAUUUAGGAAAAUUACUUAAUUAAUUUGUAAUUAAAAAAACAAAUGUAUUUAGAAAAACCUAUAAUUAUAUAUAAUUAUU